UCUGAUUGGCUGUUUAGUCUACGAUUGUCAUAUGACAACAGUUCAACAGAAGGCGGAAGAACACAUAACAGGAUCCAGAAUGACAGCAGCCCUUCUGUUUCUCUUCCUGGCUGGUCCAGUGCUGCUGGUUGCUGGCUCCAGCAAUGCGACUGUACCAGUAGUGGUGUGGCAUGGGAUGGGUGACAACUGCUGUAACCCUCUCAGCAUGGGGGCUGUAAAGAAGAUGAUCGAGGAGGAGAUCUCUGGCAUUUACGUGCUCUCACUGAUGAUUGGGAAAAACGUUGUGGAGGACACAGAAAAUGGGUUUUUCAUGGAUGUGAAUGAGCAGGUGUCCAUGGUGUGCAGUCAGCUGGCUCAGGACCCGAAGUUGAAGGGAGGAUAUAAUGCCUUGGGUUUCUCCCAGGGGGCGCAAUUUCUGAGGGCUGUGGCUCAGCGUUGUCCCUCGCCACCAAUGAGGAACCUGAUCUCCGUUGGUGGCCAGCAGCAAGGAGUAUUUGGGCUGCCCAGAUGUCCCGGAGAGAGCUCUCGUAUCUGCGACUUCAUACGCAAAGCUCUGAACAGUGGCGCUUACUCUGACCUGGUCCAAAAACACCUGGUGCAGGCACAGUACUGGCACGACCCCUUAAAUGACGACCUGUACAAGAAGUACAGCCUCUUCCUGGCCGACAUCAAUCAGGAGAGGGGUGUGAAUGAGACUUAUAAGAAGAAUCUUCAGCUGCUGGACAAGUUUGUCAUGGUCAAGUUCCUGCAGGACACUGUAGUGGAUCCUGUUGAUACUGAGUGGUUCGGCUUCCUGAAAACCGGCCAGACCAAAGAGACUGAGACUCUGCAGGACAGCGUCCUCUACAAAGAGGAUCGUCUGGGCCUGGCAGCGAUGGACAAGGCCAAAAAGCUGGUUUUUCUAAAGUGUGAAGGAGACCACCUGCGGUUCACCAGAGAGUGGUUCAACACAAACCUGGUGCCUUAUUUACGCUAGAAACACUUAAAUGCUGAUUAUAAUAAAACUUCAGUGACUAAAAUGGAGUCAAAUCUGGUUGGAGGCCAAUUUAAUGAAACUAAUGAAUAAGCAGAAACUUAACCAAGGAAGAGAAUGUAGCACUUUUCUUUGCACUGAUAACUUGUAGCAUGUUGAUCCGGUUUUAUGAUGCCAUGUUAUUUUUAGCAGCCAAUUUGUGCAUCCGUCUUGUUCUGUACUACUAACUCGACUUAAAUGUUAUUUUAGAACUGUUAGAUUAAGACUUCAAUAAGUGUUCCAAUAAUCAAAUGUACAACAUUUAAUGCUUUUGCAUACAACAGGUUAUGCAAUAAAGAUGGACUAAAAUAA